AUGGAAAGAAGGAAUGAUACACCAAUUUCAGGAUUUCUUCUAUUGGGAUUUUCAGAGGAACCCAGAUUGCAACCCUUUCUCUUCGGGCUGUUCCUCUCCAUGUACCUGAUCACCAUGUUUGGGAAUCUGCUUAUCAUCCUGGCCACCAUCUCAGACUCCCUCCUCCACACCCCCAUGUACUUCUUCCUCUCCAACCUGUCUUUAGUAGACAUAUGUUUUGUUUCAACCACUCUCCCCAAAAUGCUGGCAGAUAUACAGACACGGAGCAAACUCAUAACCUUUGAAGGCUGCAUUACUCAGAUGUACUUUUUUAUACUCUUUAUAGGAAUGGACAACUUUCUCCUCGCUGUAAUGGCCUAUGACCGGUUAGUGGCCAUCUGUCACCCCCUGCACUACCGUGUCAUCGUGAACCCUCAGCUCUGUGUGUUGCUGGUAGGGGCAUCCUGGAUCUUGAGUGUCCUGAAUUCUUUGUUACAAAGCUUGACAGUGUUGGGGUUGUCCUUCUGUACACAUGUGGAAAUCCCUCAUUUCUUCUGUGAACUUUAUCAGGUGGUCCACCUUGCCUGUUCUGACACCUUUCUUAAUGACAUGGUCAUGUAUUUUGCAUCUGUGGUGUUGGGUGGUGGAACUCUUUCUGGAAUCGUUUACUCUUAUUAUAAGAUUGUUUCUGCCAUACGUGCAAUUUCAUCAGCUCAAGGGAAGUAUAAAGCGUUCUCCACUUGUGCUUCUCACCUCUCAGUUGUCUCCUUAUUUUGUUGUACAGGCCUGGGCGUGUAUCUGAGUUCAGCUAUGACCCACAGUUCAGAAUCAAGUGCAACAGCUUCUGUGAUGUACACUGUGGUCACCCCCAUGCUGAACCCCUUCAUCUACAGCCUGAGGAAUAAGGACAUAAAAAGGGCUCUGAAAAUACUCUUCCAAGGGAACUUAUAA